AUGGCGACCGUUCUCGUGGCUGGUGGCACCGGAAGCAUUGGUAGGGCCAUUGUUGAGGCUCUCGUGGAACAAGGAAAAUUCGGCGUCAUCGUCCUCGGACGCAAGCCCAAUGCUGAGCUGGAAGCGCUCCUGGGCGUCCGUGUCAUUGCCACAGACUACGGAAGUGUCGACGGCCUCGUCUCGAUUUUGGAAGAAAACAAGGUUGAUACAGUCAUUUCAGCCCUAGGCGGCCUUGCUCCCCCAGACGCGGAAAAGGCUCUCAUCCAUGCUGCUAAAGCAUCGAGCGUCACGCGUCGAUUCAUCCCCAGUGUCUUUGGAGUCAAGUACCGUCCCGAUCAAGCCUGGUUCCCUGCCGCUCAGGCCAAGUUGUCAGCCAUGUCUGAGCUAGAAGGGACCAACCUUGAGUGGACCAUUGUAUGCAAUGGCUUCUUCCUCGAUUACUGGGGCAUGCCCAAGGUCAAGUCUUACCUCAGCCCUAUGACUCUGUUCAUUGACGCGGCUUCCAAGGAGGCCGCCAUUCCAGGGUUCGGAAACACCCCCGUCGUGUUCACGUAUAGUCAUGACGUCGCCAAAUUCACGGCGGCAUUGUUGACGUUGGAUAAGUGGGAGAAGGAGUCGUACGUUAUUGGUACCAAGCUUUCAUUGAACGAGUUUCUUCAGCUUGCUGAGGAGGUUCGGGGAACUGAGUUCAAAAAGACUCAUGACUCCUUGGAAUUACUCAAGUCGGGCAAGAUCACUGAGCUUCCUGGCCACCGCUAUGCGUAUGAACACUUUCCAAAAGAAGCACUGCAAGGGAUGCUUGCCACUUUUGGAAUACUUUUUGAAGAGGGGCAAUUCGACUUUAAGCCGGAACGCAGCCUCAAUGACAUCUUUCCUGAGAUCAAGCCUGUGUCGGCUAAGGAGAUGUUGGAGAUUGGAUGGAAGAACUGA